AUGCCUCCAGGAAAGCCGGACUCACGGGUGUAAGUAAAUACGAAUAGGAUGGGAAAUUGCAGUCUAACUUGCAUAGAAAACUUCAUCAGGAAGUAUUGAAAUCACAUAUCGAGCUUCCAGCGCCAUCCAGUGGAGCAUGUGUCGUUGCGAUUCAUGAUGACCCUUGUCGGUAUCCUAUCAGGCUCGACAAACUUCUGGUUCUGAUUAUCGAGGAGGUAAGCAGAUAAAUCGAUAUGGGUGGAUCCUUCGGAGCUCACGCAUUAACAUUUCCUUCCAGGACUGUACUGUGGAGGAUUUGCAAGAACACGUCUUCGAAAAAACUGGUCGACGCCACAUAUUCAGAGAUGGUAGAGAUUACCUCAUGCAGAAGAAGAUCAUUAAGGCUGUUGAUUACUUCAACGAUGGCAUCAUUUCCCUUCAGGCAUUCAAAUACCAUCCUAAAUUGAGACCAAGUAACAUGAUUUGUCCAACCAUUUCCAAUGGAGAGGUAUGUAAAUCACUCACUAUAUCCUUUUGCCGAGAUGCUUACCAGUUGAUCCUUGCUCGUCUCCCUCCCACUUAAUCAAGAAGAAAAGGACGAGAUCUUCUUUGUAGGACCUAUUUUUUAGAUUUACUAUUCGGUCGCUGAUUAUCUCCAGAGCAGAGCGAGCCUCUCCGAAUGCAUGGACAGGCUUCAAGAGAAGUAUCCUGAUGACCGUUUCGAGGCAUUCAAAAGUCAAGGAGCACGCUUUUUCCAAUGCCACGAUUGCUUGACGAAAGUUUUCCGCCCCAGUAUUCCAGUCCAGGCUAUGGAAAGGCACCUUGAGGACAACGAUCACCAGAUUCUUGUUGAAGCACGUCUUAUCAGGGAGAGUGCAGCUCCUGGAGUUACUAAACACAAACGCAUGGUUCAUCCACCCUUUCCUGGUUACCUCUUCACAUGCUAACCCACCCCACUAGCUGGUCUUCGAGCCUUCGUUCCAAGAACUCCUCGCCCAACUUUACGAAGCAUAUCCCGAAGAUCUUAUCCUCCCGGGCUGGGAGUUGGAAUUCGAGUGUACUUCUGAUUGUAGCCAUGACCAUACAAAAACGGUUAUGUCGCCGAGCUGUCUGCGCAUCUCUUGUCUUGAAUGUCCCAGAUCAGCUGAUGGCGAUUUAAAGGAAUGGGAUCUAUCCGAUAUGGAGGAAUACCGAAGUAAUCCAAGUGACAAGGAAUGGAGAAAGUUCCUUAGGCAUCUGGACACUGCUCGGCAUAGACAAUAUGUUAAUAAGAGGUUGGAUAGAAUUACCGAGCUUGGUCGCUAGAUGCGGGAUUUUCUAACGAGUACUUAUUCCUAGAAUAAAGCAAAGAAUGAAAUUCUUAUUUUACUUGUUGGCUUCGGAG